CAACAAAUAAUAUGACAGUUGAAAUAAGCUAAAUAAAAUUGAAAUCCAAUACUAACAAAUUCCAAAAUGCACACAUACCCAUAACAUAUCGCCAGCUGUCAUCAACCUUCUUCUCCCGUGAAUCUAGCGUUAGGGUUUCAAUCCUCACUACUCUGCCAUUCCCAAAUCUCAGAUCUCAAAAUUUUUCUCGAUACUCUCAAUUCACCCAUACAAAUACAAAUGGAUCUCUGUAAUUUUGUUCAAUUUCACAUCUAAGUAGCUGAAAUAUUUCCUUUGGGUUUUGGGGUUUUUUCUAAUCUGAUAUCAAUUUUCGUGAAUGGGAUCAUCUGGGUUCUUCAUAAUCUGCGCUCUUCACUCGCUAAUAGCGAGUACUAGUGGUGUUUUGAUAAUGUUUUAUCUGAACGAAGUAUCUGUUCUCGGUCAUGGAAUUGAAACAGCGAGAAAGCUACUGGGAUCAACCCCACAUGAUCAAUUGUUGAUAAAAACUUCUGAUUCAUUUGUUGGAUUGCUGUUAUGUGUAAUUGGGUUAUUGUUAUUCAUGGUGUCGUUUGUUAAGGACAGGGAGUUUCAGAGCUUUUUCGCUAAAGGUUGUAUCUUUCUUCAUGUAUCAAUGGCGUUAUGGAGAGUUUAUUUUGAAAGGAAAGUUGAGGAUUUAGCUUAUGAUUGGCCAAGACAACUUGUUGGUGAUUUUGUUCUUGCACUUUCUUGGGUGUUUUUUCUAGUUAGUUCAUGGAGGGACAAGUAUGAUUAGUUGAAAUUUUGAUAUUAAGCGGGAUGAUUCGAAAGGGCCAGACCACAAGGGUUCGAAAAAGGGCAGAACGACAAUGAUCCUACAUUUCUGCAAGAGGUUAUUUUUAAGGCUCAAAUCCUUGAUUUUCUAUCACAUGACAAUAAUUUUAUCAAUUAC